GCGUUUGGGUAAGGGGCCACCUCCGAGGCCGACGUUUCGGCUUCUCUGCCUCCCCCGGCUGCUGCCUCCGCUGCUGCCUCCUCCUUCCCCUCCUCCGUCAGGCAGGCGUCUACGGGGGCCUGAGGGGCGGCGGCGGCGGCGGCGGCGGCAGCGAUAUGGAGCCGGAGGCCGGCGGCCGAAGCAGUGCUCGCAGGCCCGGGGCUGGGCCCCCGAGCACUCCGCCGCCUCAGGAGCAAGAGCGGAAGCUGGAGCAGGAGAAGCUCUCCGGGGUGGUGAAGAGCGUCCACCGGCGGCUCCGCAAGAAGUACCGGGAAGUGGGAGAUUUUGAUAAGAUCUGGCGAGAACAUUGUGAGGAUGAGGAAACACUUUGUGAAUAUGCUGUUGCAAUGAAAAAUUUGGCAGAUAACCAUUGGGCAAAAACUUGUGAGGGCGAAGGUCGUAUUGAAUGGUGUUGUAGUGUAUGCAGAGAAUAUUUCCAAAAUGGUGGGAAGAGAAAAGCACUUGAAAAAGAUGAAAAAAGAGCUGUACUCUCCACUAAGACCACUCCAGCCUUAAAUACACAUGAAUCUUCUAAACUUGAAGGUCAUUUAACCAACCUCAGCUUUACAAACCCUGAAUUUAUAACUGAUCUGUGUAAUAGUAUGAAAAUAAUCUUCAGAUUCUUACUAUGCCUUGUUUUUCCCUUUCUGCAGAGUGUAUAUAAAUGUGACUUCCUGAACUUGCAGCUUCAGCAGCCACUCCAGCUUGCACAGGAUGCUAUCGAUGCCUUUUUGAAGCAGCUGAAAAACCCUAUUGAUUCUCUUCCUGGAGAACUUUUCCAUGUGGUGGUUUUCUCUCUUCUCCUUUCUUAUUUUCCAUCACCUUACCAACGAUGGAUUUGCUGCAAGAAGGCCCAUGAACUGUUAGUGUUAAAUGGUUUAUUGCUUAUCAUCACACCUGAUUCCUCCCAUCAGAACCGUCAUGCUAUGAUGAUGAAAAGCUGGAAGAUUGCUAUAGAAUCUCUGGGCUUUAAACGCUUCAAGUAUUCAAAAUUUUCACAUAUGCAUUUGAUGGCAUUUAGAAAAAUCUCCCUAAAAACCACAAGUGACUUGGUUAGUAGGAACUACCCAGGGAUGUUAUAUAUUCCUCAAGAUUUCAACAGUAUAGAAGAGGAGGAAUAUUCUAACCCUUCCUGCUACGUUCGAUCAGAUAUAGAAGAUGAACAACUAGCAUAUGGUUUCGCCGAGCUCCCUGAUGCUCCGUACGACUCAGAUUCUGGGGAAAGUCAAGCCAGCUCUAUCCCUUUCUAUGAGCUAGAAGAUCCCAUAUUACUUUUAAGUUAGUAUCAAUGUUAAAGGCCCUUUCAGUCCAGACUUCUAAACUAAUUGCUUACACUAAUCAGAAAUACUAACAUGAACUCAGUACUUAAAACCUGGGUUGCAUAGAAGAAAUGCAAAGGUUUACAGAGUUUGCUAUUUUUUUCUACUUCUGGAUUUUAAAAUUUAUUCUUAUAUAGAAAGCUUAAAGUUUCAUGCAAAGUGACUCCUGUCAUAGCAGAAACCACUGUUACUUUAGCAUUUAGCACUAAGAUAUCAUAGAAAGGUACCUUUUUUCUUUAGUGCUAUUGUGAAAAUGAAGCAUAACUUGCUAUGUAUUUUCCUUUUUUAAUCUUUUCAGUGUUGACUUUAAACCAUUGCAAUGAGAAAGAUAUGUAGAAAGCUGUAGCUUGCACUUUGAUGACUCACAAGUUAAAUGUUAAAACAGAGAUAGAUUGGUUUAGUUGUUUUGUGAUGCACUUAUUUUCUUUUCUAGCUAAAUUCUUACCUGUUACAGAAAGCCAUUUUCUGUUCAGUUUUGACUGAUGAUCCAGCAUUUCCUCAACUUUUUGGAAUUGAUCUUUUUCUUUUUUGCUCAUUUGGCAGCAUCAGACAUUUGGGGAAAGAAUUCCCCCAAGUAUGUAUUCUAAUUUCAUUAGUACAGUACAAUAAACACCAUUGCCAAAGUAGAAUGUUCAUAUCUUUCAUAUUGAUUUAGGCCUUGGUGUUAAGUAUAUUUAACUGUGAGAGUUCACUCUUACCUUUUUUAAAUUUAAGUUUCAUUUACAAAAUUUUCUAUUUAAGCAAGAACAAUACUCGAUCCUGACCUGAAACACCUUUGUGAAAGGGUUUGCACUUGUAAGAGUUUAUGUUCUGUCUAGACCAACCUUGUUAGGGUCCUCACCUUUCCAUUAAGGAGGUGUGCUGCACUACAAGUCUGGAAUUAUAUAGAAAAAUUUUAAAUUAACCCUCUGCUAGCCAUCUCAUAAAAUGGUUUUGACCUUUCGGUAUUCUAAUCUCUAUCAAAAUUCUAGCAGGAAAUUUUCUUUGAAUAUAUAAACCAUUAGUUGGCUGUGGGAAUUUUCCCUUUCCACAUUGAUAAAUGACUUUCUGUGUUUCUGAAUCAGAAGCAAAUGAUUAAGGAGAAAAAUAUGUCCAAACAAGACAAGAUUAGUUUAAGUAGCUAAGAACAUUUGGUCCACAUUGUCUUGUCAGCCAGCAAUUGUCAUGUAAACUGUCAUUUUUAAGAGUGCCACUGUGUGGAUUUUUUUUCAAGUGGUUAUUACAUUAAAAUUACCUCAUACUGAGGUUUUUGCACUGAAAUAUCACAGUUUCAGAAUUCAUGGUUAAUGUUGUGUGUGUGCGCGCGUGUGUGUGUGUGCGUGUAUUUUUAAAGGAAACUUGCAUUUUCAAUAGUUGAUCCUAAAUUUCAUAAACUGCACCUCUUUGCUCUGGUAAAACUGAUGUUUUUGUGCUUAUUGUGAGUUGCUGUAGUUAACUUCAAACGUCAAAUUUUAUUUAGAAAAGCAAAAUUACCCUUUAAGAUAUCAAUGUUUGGGAAUAUAUACCCAAUAUUUCAAAUUAAAUUUCACAUUCUAAAUUAAUGAAAGUAACAGGACUGUAAUUAACCUAAAAAGUCAGUUGAAUGAAUGCAAUAAAUACUGGUUGCUCAAAUAUGCCAAAAGUAACUUGAAAUGUUUCAUUUACUUUCAAUAGCUUCAGAGCCCUUAAUAAUUAAGACUGACUUUUCUUUCCAAUUAAGCACUACAGGUCACAUCUUUAUCUCCCCCAAAAGAAGGGGAAAAAAACUCCACUGUGUUCAGGUAACAGAACUGUGUUUUGGUAGUACCUCUUUUAUCCAUACUGCCGGUUUCCUUUGAUUUGGCUAAAUACCAUCUUAAGGGCAAAAAAAACAAUGUAUCUAAUUAAAGCGCUUUGAAAGUAAAUGAAAACCAUGCUUUUGAGAGGCUGAUGUAAGUAUGACCUUGGAGUCAGCCUUUGUGUUACAGCUAACAUGUUGGUGCUAUAAAUUCUUCUGAUUGUUUACAGAUGUUGAUUCUGCUUAUGCUCCAAAGUGUGCAUGAUGUAUUUUAAGUAGUACUUUAAAGGAAAGUCUCUUUAUAAAACCUACUCCCACUUAGUAUAAAUUUGUUUGGAUUUGUUACUGUAAAUUCAGCUUCAAAUUAGGUUGGUACAGGAUUUAAACUAAUACAUAUUCCACCAAAGCCAGUUUAACAUUUAAGUGUUAAAAUAGCAGUCCUGUGGCUUGGUGCCAAAUUAUAUAUGUAAUGACAAGAGAAGUUAACAGAGCCUUCUAAUAUUGAAUGGGUACUCUUGAGAAUGAUUUCCUUUGGAUAUAAAUAAGUUUUAAGGGGUCUCGUGUCUCAGAACAGGAUUCUCCAAAAUAAUUUGGGGUUUCAAAAAUAAAUGAUCAUUUAGUUAGAUUCUUCAGGAUCAUGACUAGAUCAAAAGUGGUUUAUAUCAUAGUUGCCAAAUGGUGGGAGAUAGCAUACCUGAAAAUGUAUGUUUGUGUUUGUUGUAUUUUUUCACAUUUUGUGAACAAAGCACAUUUAUUAAAAAUUUUAAAUUUUCUAAUA